CAAUACCAGUUUUCCCGCCACUCAUCGUACCCCGCUCCUUCCUUUACAAAAUCCCUCGGUUUGUUUUCCCAAUCUUCAUCCUCAGGUCCUUUGAUAAUAUCUUCUUCUCCAAUUCGGACCCGAUGAAAGGAAUCUCCAAAUCUCCGGUGAGAAGAAACGACGGUUUCCACCGUUACAUGAAACCAGGGGCUCUGGCUCAGAUCCGUAACUCUAGAAUCAACGCUAGAUCCAAUUCUCUCCUGUCUCACUCUCUCUCGGACCCGCCGUCUUCGUCUUCAACAGAGAACGCUCUUGUCUUGGCGCCGCAGACCUUGACCAUGGACCAGGUGCCCCAUCUCUUGAGCAAGAUCUAUGGUCCGUAUCGCAUCGGUCGGAAGAAACUUGGCCCUGCGAGAUCUGUGGGAUUGGAGACGAUGAUGAGUUUGAACUUGAACGUCCCUUCUCCAAACUCCGUACUUGAAUCUACUAAUGGUAAUAGCAACUUGUUGAGUAAUGAUGCUUUAGUUGCUCAUUGAACCCCCAAAGCUUUAAAGGGUGAUUUCCCUCUUCUGUAGAUUAAAUUUGUAACUGAUAUUUACACUUGGGGAAAGAUCUUCAAUACUCAUUCAGACUUUUAUCAAUGCAAGUUAAAUGUCUCAAAUAAAUUAUGUUUCUUUCACCA